AUAUGUCGACGAGUUAGCUAGUAUCGCAACUCGUACUAGAUUUAAGGGUCAAUUAAUUACUCUCUGAGCAGAGCAGCGCCAUCUAUGUUAACCUGCAUUGAUUUCUUGCCAAUUGAUUUUAUCGCCAUCUACCGGUGACCGCUAGAAACGCCAAGCGGUAAGCUUGGGUGUGGUCGAUACAGAGCUAGCGCUGGUAAUUCGUUAGGUUGGCAAACCGGAAAAAAGGGGAAGUGUCAGGUAGGCCAACCGUCGAAUGGUCCCCUCCACGUGGUCGUCCCGGAUGACGACGGCAACGACAUUCGGGUCGUGACGAUCGUGGCGAGUGCACGCUAAGCUAGCUCUGUGACGAACGCACCGCGUUUCUUAGAAUAAAAUUGUGUCUACUUAAAUUCUAAUCCGCUUACAUCUAAGUAAUCACAGUUGAUUUUCGUAUUGUUUGAAUUGGAAUCUAAUUAUAAAAAUCUUAUCCAACGUUACCAAGUUUUAUUUUGGAAUUCGUUUCGGUUUUUAUCGAAAAAUAGUUGUGUGCCAAAAAUGGAUGAAAUCGAUAAUAAUGGGAACCCAGACGGGGACCCGACAUCCGAAGUGGUGGGAUCCAAUCGCCCGCAAUCUCCGCGCCUGCCGGCAAGACGAAGUGGUGAUCAAAAGUGGCGGCUAUUGAUGGAACAGCAGAAUCGGAAUUUCUUAGCUCUAUUGGAAACUUUGAACAAGCCGCAACAGUCAACAUCAAAGGAAAUUCGUCUGCCAGAAUUUGAUCCUGACAAACCAGAUGUCGACGCACGAGCCUGGGUAUCCACCGCCGACAUGUGCAUCGAUGAUCCACAAUGCCAAGGAACACCUUUAAUGAUGGCACUGAGUCGAGCGCUUAAGAAGCAAGCGUCCACCUGGCUUGCCACCGUCGCCUUCCCAGGAAUGAAAUGGAGCGACUUCAAAGAACUUUUUAUUACAAGGUAUGACUCAUGUGAAACAGCAGCUGCUUUCUUAAUUAAUCUGAAUUCGAAGAAACCAGACGAAAAAGAAUGCCUCGCUUCCUACGCAUCCGGUUUAAUGUCGUCACUUAUGUCGAGAUGGAAAGGACUUACUACCGAGCAAAUAGCCAUCGCUACUGUUUUGAAUCACUUAUCACGUUUUGAGCCACGUGUUCAACGGUUGUCAUUUACAACGGAUAUCAAGACCCGAAAUCAACUACAACAGGAGCUUAAGGCAGUCUCGUUUUUGAAACGGAAAUCUUCAUCGAGUAAUGACGACGAUGAGCCUGAGCCUAAGAAGAGUCAAAUAGCUGGAGUCAACACAAACAUUAAGUGCUACUUUUGUGGAAAAUUAGGACACAAGUCAAAUCAGUGUUUUUCAAAAAGAAAAGAAGAAAACCGACUGAAGAUUGACGCUAUCAGGAAGGAUCCAACUGCAGAGAGGCCAAUCACUUGCUUCUCGUGCCGCGAGCAGGGCCACUACGCAAGCAGCUGUCCGAAGAGGAGUGCACCAGGGGAGAGCAGCACCGAGCCGACAGCCGCCAAGAAGAAACGAGUGGACUUAUGCGUCGUUGCUAACCCAACUGCACUCAUGCGACUAUCCGGUACGUCACACGAGGACGUGUGAGAUGUCAAGAUGGCCGUGUCGACGAGUUAGCUAGUAUCGCAACUCGUACUAGAUUUAAGGGUCAAUUAAUUACUCUCUGAGCAGAGCAGCGCCAUCUAUGUUAACCUGCAUUGAUUUCUUGCCAAUUGAUUUUAUCGCCAUCUACCGGUGACCGCUAGAAACGCCAAGCGGUAAGCUUGGGUGUGGUCGAUACAGAGCUAGCGCUGGUAAUUCGUUAGGUUGGCAAACCGGAAAAAAGGGGAAGUGUCAGGUAGGCCAACCGUCGAAUGGUCCCCUCCACGUGGUCGUCCCGGAUGACGACGGCAACGACAUUCGGGUCGUGACGAUCGUGGCGAGUGCACGCUAAGCUAGCUCUGUGACGAACGCACCGCGUUUCUUAGAAUAAAAUUGUGUCUACUUAAAUUCUAAUCCGCUUACAUCUAAGUAAUCACAGUUGAUUUUCGUAUUGUUUGAAUUGGAAUCUAAUUAUAAAAAUCUUAUCCAACGUUACCAAGUUUUAUUUUGGAAUUCGUUUCGGUUUUUAUCGAAAAAUAGUUGUGUGCCAAAAAUGGAUGAAAUCGAUAAUAAUGGGA